AUGUCUGAACGGACCUCUUCGUCGAGGCGGUCAAAGCCAGCCAGCGAUGACACCAUCGGGAAUUUCGUCAUCGAUAAGGAGAUAGGAAAGGGGAGUUUUGCCCAGGUGUACUCUGGUCGCCACAAGGUUACCGGUGCACUGGUUGCUAUCAAGUCUGUCGAGCUCGCCCGUCUCAACACAAAGCUAAAAGACAACCUUUAUGGCGAGAUCGAGAUUCUCAAGCGGCUCCGGCACCCGCACAUCGUUGCCCUCCAUGACUGCGUUGAGUCGAGGACGCAUAUCAACCUGAUUAUGGAGUACUGCGAACUGGGGGAUCUGUCGCUAUUCAUCAAAAAGAGGGACAAGCUCAUCACCAACCCGGGCACGCAUGAACUCGCCCGAAAAUACCCCGUCGCCCCCAACUCGGGCUUGAACGAGGUCGUCAUACGCCACUUUCUGAAGCAGCUUACCAGUGCCAUCAGAUUCCUGCGAGAGGCGAACCUCAUCCACCGCGAUGUCAAACCCCAAAAUCUGCUGCUGCUUCCUUCACCGCAAUAUCGCGAAGCCAAUAAGAUGCACAAGCAGAUUCUCAGCGCCAGUCAUGACUCAUUCACGCCUGCCGCCGGGUUACCUUCGCUGCCCAUGCUGAAACUGGCCGACUUCGGCUUUGCCCGUGUGCUCCCUUCGACCUCGCUCGCCGAGACCCUCUGCGGUUCGCCAUUAUACAUGGCCCCAGAGAUUCUUCGCUACGAGAAGUACGAUGCCAAGGCCGAUUUGUGGUCGGUAGGUACCGUAUUGUAUGAAAUGGCUACGGGGAGACCCCCGUUCCGAGCAGUCAACCACGUGGACCUUCUCAGGAAGAUCGAGGCGUCGGGGGACGUUAUCCGCUUUUCAAGAGAGUGCGUCGUCAGCUCCGAAGUGAAGGGCCUGGUCCGGGCCCUUCUGAAACGUAACCCAGUAGAACGGAUAAGUUUCGAAGACUUCUUCCACCAUCCCGUCAUUACUGGCCCGAUUCCAGGCCUCGUGGAAGACGAUAUUCCGAAGCCCGAGAAGCCGGUUUUGGCCGAAACCAAGAGCCGGAUUCGCCGCGCGAACCCGGAGUUGUCCCACACUCGCCGAAGCCGCGCCGGUCCUCACCUUCUGGCAACGCCCAUCGAGCCCAAGCCAAAUCCGCUAGAACAAGUAGCCAGCCCUCGGCUGAGCUACUCGCCGCGACAGGAAGCAGAUGAGGGCCUCGGGAUACGGCGACCUCUAGCACAGCCGUCGACUUCGGCGCCCGUCCGGCCCAUCUCGUAUGUUGACCGUAGCCGCCGGUAUUCGAACGCCUCGACAAAGGUGCCCGCCCGCGACACGCCGCCGCCGCCACACGAGGGUUCAAACCGCUCGAGGCCAAAAAGCGCCGUGAGCCGGCCCCUUACAGACGAGGACAAAGCAGCGCAGGACGUUGCGUUCGAGCGGGACUACAUCAUCAUCGACAAGACCGCUGUCGAGGUCAACGCGCUUGCGGAUCAGAUCUCACUGUAUCCACAGCAAGGCCAGCCUAAGUCCGGCGGCCAGAUCGUGAGGCGCGCUACGCAGCAGGGACAUCCAACGUCGACCACGGGCGCCGUACCGAGCCACCCCGGCAGGAAUGCACAGGGGGGCCGGAAUGACCACUACCGGAAGGCGUCUCAUGAUAAGACGCUCUCGGGCAGCCCAGGAGCCACGACGUCGGUGAUUUCCAAGGCUAUCCAGGAUGCCAGUCUCCGGCUAUUCGGCUUCAAGUAUUCGCCGCAGAUGCUGAGCAAGGGACAGUCGCCGCCGCAGAUCUACAGCCCGUUUCCGGCGUACCCGACACCAUCUACACCGGCUGGCCUGAUCAUGGACGGGAAGCAGAGUGCUCCUGUGGACGAAGACUCGCGGGUGGCUCAGUGCAUCGAGGAUUACGCUACGCGGAGCGACGUUGUUUACGGCUUCGCCGAAGUCAAGUACAAGCAACUCGUCCCGCUGGCCCCGUCCGUCGAACACGGCCUGGGUGGUGUUCCCACCGACAGGAUGGGCGAGGAAGAGGAGGGCCUCACGAUGGAUGCGGUGGUUUCGCUGUCGGAAGAGGCCCUGGUGCUCUACGUCAAGGCGCUGUCCCUGCUCGCCAAGUCGAUGGAUAUCGCCAGCCUCUGGUGGUCGCGCAAGAGCCGGCCCGAAUCGAGCAACAACGUGCACUCGGCCACCAGGGACUCGGUGAACACGCAGGCGCUGGUGCUCAAGAUUAAUGCGGCGGUCCAGUGGAUCCGGUCACGCUUCAACGAGGUGCUGGAGAAGGCCGAGAUUGUCCGGCUACGACUGGUCGAGGCGCAAAACCAGCUGCCCGAGGAGCACCCCAGCCACCCGAGUAACCGGCCGCCCGAAACGAGCGCGCUGGGCGGCAGCUCGGGCGGCCAGGCCACGUUUCCCUCGGUCGGCAUAAGCGCCGAGAAGCUGAUGUACGACCGGGCCGUCGAGAUGAGCCGCACGGCCGCCAUCAACGAGAUUGCGAGCGAAGACCUCCCCGGCUGCGAGAUAUCGUACGUCACGGCGGUCCGCAUGCUCGAGGCGGUGUUGGACAGUGACGAUGACCACCUGCCGAAACGCCGCGUGUCGACGUCGUCCAAGGAGGAGCAAUCCGUCGCUGCUCAAGACGCAUCCGACGACAUGAGCAGCGACGACAAGCAGGCAGUGCAGAAGAUGGUGCAAAUGAUCAACACCAGACUCACCUACCUGCGGAAGCGGAUGCACACCAUUGCUGCGGCCUCCAAAGCGCAGCAGCAACAGCAGCAGCAGCAGGUUGUCGUUCGGCGGCGAAGCGGCGACGUCACGCCGCGCAGUGUACCGACCUGA